UGCGGAAGAUAAAUGCGUCAUCAACAUGGCCAGUACUGGCGCCCACUUGGCCAACAAAAAUGCCUGGGUGUACCACGCGUCUAAAGGAGCGGGUCUUCAGAUGACCCGCUGUAUGGCGCUAGACUUGUCCAAGGACGGGAUUCGGGUGAACUCCGUGUCUCCUGCAGCCAUCUGGACACAGACGAUCGGUAAGAUGGUCAACAAUGACAAGGAUUUCCACCGCACAACCUGGGGAAAGUUCCACAUGUUAAAGCGGUGCGGCGAGAGCGCGGAGGUGGCCGCCGUGGUGGCGUUUCUCUGCAGUAGAGACGCAGGGUUCAUCACGGGGGCGGACAUUAAGGUGGACGGCGGGUAUACCACCAUUGGACCCGAGCGCCACGGGGAGGAGGUCGGGGUGAAGCUUGCAGUUCUCUCCAAAGAACCAAAAACCUAAAAGACACCCCAGUUUAAAACGAUGUGAUUUUUUUCCUCAUUGUGCUCGUUUGUAAAAGACGGGUGUCGUGGUUGUUAUUGUGUUUGGUUCCCAGAUUCAGUAAUUGUUAUGCAGACUACCAUGGAGAAGGAAGUUUACAUGUCAUUAAGAGAGAUAAAUACCCACCAAAUUGUCCUUUAUUUUUCAUCUUUUAAGAACUGUCACAAAAAAAAAACAAAA